AUGAUCCACCCCUCGAGACAGGCGUACGUUGAGGAGGCCAGGCCCGAGGCCGGCCUCGCCCUGGAGGAUCUGCCCGAUGACCACGACUACGAUAUGCCCACGGCAGGCGGGUCCUCCGAAAAGGCGUCUGCCAUCUUGAACCAGUUCAACCGCAAACGCCUGGCCGCCACGAUAGCCGUGCCCACCGACGACGGCCGAGUCCGCGCGCGUCUGCGGGAGAUGGGAGAGCCGGUAACCCUAUUUGGAGAGGGCCCGGCCGAGAGACGAGACCGAUUACGCGAGCUCCUGACGAUCCAGGCUGAAAUGUCUGGCCUCGAGAAUGGCGACAUCACAAUGGAGGACGCGCCCGAGGAGGAGGAGGCGGCCGAGGCCGAGGAAGAGUUCUACUCGCGGGGAGGCAAAGAACUUCUCCAGGCUCGCAUAAAGAUUGCCGAGUUCUCGCUACCCCGGGCAAAGCGCAGGGUCGCCUUUCUCAAAGAGGAGGCCACGAUUCCCCUGCGCACCCAGGUCAAGCACCGAAAGCACAUCAAGGACCGGCUGGCAGCCUUUGAGCUGCAGGGAAGUCAGACCGUCGGCGAGCGGCACAUCAGCAUGACGAGGAUAUCGCCCGACGGGAAGCUGGUUGCUGUCGGCAACUGGGGUGGCCAGGUCAAACUGGUCGAGCUGCCCACCCUCACCGAAAAGAUGACGUACCGCGGUCACACGAACAAGAUCAGCGGCCUCUCCUGGUUCCCCGGCGCAACUCUCCCCGAGCACAACGUCUCGCCCGACUCUGUCAACCUGGCGUCCGGCGGCGCCGAGGGCUUGGUGCAGCUGUGGUCUCUGACCAAGGACACCCCGCUGUCAACACUGCAAGGACACUCACAACGCGUGUGUCGCACCGAGUUUCACCCAUCAGGGAAGUAUUUGGCCUCUGCGUCGGAGGAUACUUCGUGGCGCCUCUGGGACGUGGAAACGACGGCCGAAGUUCUUCUCCAAGAAGGCCACUCCCGGGGCGUCUACGCCAUCAGCUUCAACACGGACGGGUCCCUGCUCGCCAGCGCGGGCCUUGACAGCAUUGGCCGAAUAUGGGAUCUGAGGUCUGGCCGCACCGUCAUGAUCCUCGACGGGCACCUGGAUGGCCAUAUCAAACCCAUUCACGCCCUCGACUGGAGCUCCGACGGCCACCGCGUCCUCUCGGGCUCGGCCGACGGAUGGAUCAAGUGCUGGGACGUCCGCAAGGUGCAGCGGACCGGCGGCAUCGGCGCCCACAGCAGCGCCGUCUCAGACAUGCGCUGGUUCAAGGGCAUCGACGACCCCGUGGACGGCACGCCUCCCGGCCCAGAUGAGAAGGGCAAUAGGGUACCCAUCAAGUCAGGUACCUUCUUCGUCUCGAGUGGCUUCGACAGAAACGUCAAGAUUUUCUCGGCAGACGACUGGACACUGGUUCAGACGCUUAGUGGGCACACUGGGCCGGUUGCCAGCGUCGAUUACAGCAGAGACGGGCGCUGGAUUGUGAGCGGCGGCCAUGAUCGAACAGUGAAGCUUUGGGGCCGCAAUGAUGCGGAGACUCUGUAG